AUGGCACCGGCUACCCCUGGGUUGUGCUGGACGGUCCCUUGCCCCUACACAAAAGCAUGCCUCCCUCGAGCGACGUCCAAGCAGCGAUUCGUCAUCAACAUCGGGCACCAGACGCUGGAGCUGACGUAUCCUAUGAUCUCGACCAGCUUUACGGAAUAUGUCGUUCCGGAGAUCAUCUGGUGGCAGUACGACGCCUUGCCGCUCACACGCGAGCUGCUGGCCUACGCCUUUCCCACUGCGAGGCUGUAUUUUGGGACGACCGACGCGCCGCGCUGCCUCAAGACGAGGUCCUUCCGGCCGCAAGGCACACGCGGCACCUUCACAGCCGCCACCGGCAAAGCGUUCCGCGCCCUCGUCUGGCGCCGGCCGCCCGACGAGAGGAGCGGGAAGACUGAGGAGCAAUGCGGCAGGGAGGGCGGCACCGUGAGGGGGUGCUUGUACGCCGCGAUGAACUGCUUCGAGCUCGCGGUGGCCGUGGGCGGGGCGGCCGCCGCAGCGCCGACGUUCUGCAACCCGAUCGAUCUGCCGUACCGUUUCCAGCCCACCACGGGGGAGUCGUUCCGCGAAGGGGCGGACCCGACCAUGGUGGUCUUCGGCGGGCGGUACUUGCUCUUCCUGUCCAAGAAUGGCGGGUACUACGCGUCCAACGACAUGCUCCGAUGGUCCCUCAUCGUGCCGACUGGCGCGAUAUGCCUCCCAGUCGACGACUACGCGCCGACGGUGAUGCAGAUGGAGGGCCGGCUCUUCUUCACCGCGUCGCACUCGAGAGCGCUGUAUACCACCGACGACCCGUUCAAGGGCAAGUGGCGGGAGGUGGCGACCCUGCCCUCGUACGCCGACCCGGCGCUCUUCCUCGACGACGAUGGAAGAGUGUACCUGGCGUACGGUUCCCACCAGACUUGGGGCCCGACAGGUGGGGGCAACGCGUCGCACGUCGUCGAGCUCGACCCGGCGCGGGGGUGGAGGGAGGUCUCGCACCACAGCGCGGUGGCGUUCGCCGACGCCGCGCGGAACGGGUGGGAGGUGAGCGGCAACGGCAACGACGACUACAGACUUGCUCCGUAUGUUGAAGGUCCGUGGAUAACCAAGGUGGGCGGCGUAUACUUCCUCCAGUAUGCCUCGCCCGGCACGCAAUUCUUCACGUACAGCGACGGCUUCUUUGUGGCGAAGAGCCUCCGCGACUUAGGCCACAGCCACCACAGCAAGUACUCGCCCUUCUCGCCCUUCUCCGCCAAGCCGACGGGCUUCAUGCGAGGCGCGGGGCAUGGCAGCAUCUUCCGCGGCCUCGACGGCGGAUUGUGGCACGUCACCACCGCCGUCAUCGCGAGGCGCAUCCGCCGACUCGUCAUCAACCCGGUGCACGUGCAGGGCGAGUGGAUGAACGCAGACACGUACCUCGGCGACUUCCCCGUUGGCGUCGACGGCAGGCGCCCCGACUGGCAGCUUUUGUCUCUCCACAAGCCGGCCACCGCCAGCUCCACUUCCGGCGCCAACGCCCCGUCGCGCGCCUUCGACGAGGACAUCCGCACGUGCUGGUCAGCGGAGACCGGCGCGGCGGGGGAGUGGCUGGCGGUGGACCUGGGCGCCAACGCGACAGCCUACGCGGUGCAGCUCAACUUUGCUGAGGUGGGCGCCAAGCAGACGGGACGCCUCCCGCUCCGCGACGCGUGCCGGUACUACUGCGAGGCGUCGGCGGACGGCGUGCGGUGGACGGUGGUCCCCGAACUCGACCGCAGGGAGGGCGGGCGCGACUCGCCGCACGACUACGUCGCGCUCCGCCAGCCUCUGUCGCUGCGCCACCUCCGGGUCAUCUCGGCGCACACGCCCGCCGGCGCCGCGUUUGGCCUCUCCGACCUCCGCAUAUUCGGCACGACCGCCGCCGUCAAGCCGCCGGCGAGGGUCGGCGCGCCGCGAGUGACCCGCGACAGCGCCGACGCACGGCGCGCCAGCGUUGCGUGGGACGCGGCGGCACGGGCGGAGUGGUACGUGGUGCGCUUCGGCGAGCGCGGCGCCCCCGGCCAGUUUCACAGUUACCAGGUGUACGGCGGGGCAACGUCGCUGGAGACGCGCGCGCUGUCCGCUGGAGUCGAGUAUGACUUUGUUGUCGACGCCUUCAACGAGGGCGGGCGCACGGUGGGCACCCCAACCGCGCCUCGGCCUGCGCAGCGGCACCCGUGAACUCUGAUUCCUUGGUGUUCGCCGCGUGAAAUUCCGCCUCGAAUGCAGUAGCGAUGUAUCUGCGUGCGUGCGUAUGAGCUCACUAGCUAGAGCUCACACUAGAGGCCGUCAUCGCACUCGCCUUCCUGGGACCCAGUGCUGACUUCUGACUGUGUCGUUGCUGUUUCUCGACGGACUGUUUCUGCUUGUGCGUCUACUCGAGGGUCCGGGGUUGUGUUUUUCUGUGACAGCCUGAAACGUG